AUGUUCUUCUUGUUUCUUCUCCGGGUAUUGUUCCAACUAACGCAUGCGGCGGCAGAAGUAAAGGAUGACCAACCUCCACUAAUACUAGUAUCACUGGAUGGAAUGGAUUGGCGAGUUUUGAGGGGUCAACUUUCCAAAACUACCAAUUUGAACUUCAUCGCUCAAACUGGAGUCAGAGCCGACUACAUAAAAAAUGUUACGACUACCUCUACAUGGCCCAAUCAUCAGAGUAUCCUCACUGGUUUAUACCCGGAAAGUCACGGCAUUGUGGAUAAUGUAUUCUGGGAUCCGGAUUAUGGAGAACAGUUCAUUUUCGGUUAUGAUUGUUCAAACUUUGAUCCCAAGUUUUACAAUGCAUCAGAGCCAAUAUGA